GGUUAUGCAGCACGUGGAAAUGAAGCGUCAAAUUCGACUGUAUUGCGGUCCGAAUUCAGCGAAGUAAACGGCGCUAGCCUAAAUGAAUUAGAAGGUCAAUUUUUCUCUGGCCCAAACAUUACAAUCUCCGUCGAUGGUUCACUCGCAGCCCGUUGCAGGAAAGCCUAGCUCUGCAUCUCGCCGAACUGCCCCCGCCGCAUCCAUUCCUCUUUGAUCGCAAGGUGUAGCUGUUGCUGGACUGCCUUCCAGACGGAAAGCUUCAUUGUUCCCACAUCUCGCGCGCCUCCAUCCAUGAACACUCGACUCCAAAGCAAAAAAGUAUACAAUGGGAUAGUCAAUGGCGUACGGUCGAACACUUGGCGGCGUGGAAGGUCGAAUGUUGCCUCUGUUCAGUCUGACAUACCAAAUGCCGCAAGAGGUCAAAAAAGGGUUUCAAAAGAUGAAAGGAGAGCAACGUUGGAGUCCUUUGUAGACAGGUACAGAGAUACGAAUGGAGGAAAAUUCCCGACAGUUAGUUAUGCUCAAAAGCAGGUUGGUGGCAGUUACUAUGUGAUUAGGAAGAUUCUUCAGGAGCUAGAGUACAAAUCUAAAAUAUCUCCUUUGGAAAAGUCAAAUGAAUAUUUCAUUGGAAAGAGUUUGAGUAAAGAAAAUGAGUCUUUGGGUGAAGUUGAAGGAAUCUCACACAGCCAAAUGGCAGCGGAUCUUGAAAUGCAAAAUGAUUCAGAGACAGCAGCAAUUAGUUAUGCAAAAGUUGGUGAUGCAAAUUGGGACUGUUUGGAAGGAAAGACAGGAUCUCGAACUUCCACUUGGACUCAUGAAACCUUGCCCAAAAAGGUCCUAAACCUCUCAACAGCAGUUAAAGUGGAAGCAAAGGAUAUUUCUCAUCCCCACAUUGAAAAAUCAGAGGAAGUUGCAAAAGAAGAAGCUGCUUCUGAAGAUUUGUUGAAUUUAGAUUGUACAAAGCGGAAAGGAAACAAAUAUCAAGUGUCCCCUGAGUCAGAUAAAUUUGCAAGAGAAACUUCUGGAAAGCAGACUGAGGACGAAGAGUUUGCAAGGCGACCAACUUUGUGGGGAAAUCUUAAGUCAAUUGCGGAUGGCAUUAUCAGCCUGUGGAGGAAGCGUUAGAUUUUUUGUCAAGGCGACGCAGUUUUUACUUUUAACUCUCCAUGACGAGUUAGUGAUUAGGUCCUAAAGUAAUUUGUAAGAAAUGUUACACAAUAGAUGCUGUUCAGGUUAUUGAGGUUGAAAAAAAUUGCAUGGGGAAAAAUAAUAAUUGAUCUACUGGUUAUACUGCAAAGGAGAGUUGGGGAGGGUGUGUAUUUGGAGGUUGCUGGAUGAUGCUAUAUCCGUCAAAUUUGAUAAUAUGUGGACACCAACAGAAUCAUUUUACAUGUUAUAACACCUAGACAUGUUCAUAUUCAAUCAUUUUCCGAGAUCAUACUUCGGAAACAGCCAUGGACGGCAUUGGUCCCCGAAGCCCUUUUGUCUAAUGCUCUACGUUGUUUGUGCUUGCUCAUUAUCUUUUGUUAAAUGGGUUUGUACUUGAUUAUUCAGUGCUAGUGGAGAAUCAGUUUUACUUUGCAGGACACAAUUCUCCGCCUGUUUAUAGCUGAGAGAUGCAGCCACCAGCUUCAGAAUCAUUUGUACUUUUUUUUUUUUUUUUAUUGAAGAAGCAUACUUUUUUGGGGUACAUGAUGAAGAGCCCAAGGGCAUGGCAUUUCAUAGACAACUAAAGAUGGCACGUCAAGUCACAGAAACAACUACUCCCCUUAAAUCAGCUUCGCUCAGUAGGUAAUACAUGGCAAUUUGAAAUACUUUGUUUGGGAAAACCUUAAGAUUUGAAUUUGUGUUAGAUUUGAGUAAGAUGUAAUAUAAAAUUAUAUUAAAAUUUGUCAAAAUUCACUUAAAUUUAAAUUCAAGUCCAAAUUUUAUUUUUUCA